AGAAGACAAGUCAAAAUUGCAAGUCUUGAAAUUAUUGCUCUCAGCUCAACUUUGUUUUCCCUUUGUCCGAAGUCUUCUUUCUUCUUCUUCUUCUUCCAUUCUAUCAACUUUCACUUUCUGGGUAGGAAUUGAAUGUGUACAUAUCAAAGUCAUCAAGCAUAAUAAAUAAUCCAAAAAAAAAAGUUUCAAUUUCCGCUGAGAAAAUACAGUAAUUUCCCAACUAGAAACAUAAAAGGGCCCCUUGAUUUUAAAUUUUCUCCAGCUACUCCUUCUGGAAAUGCACUUAUUUUUCCAUCAGUCUUUUGACUUCUUGAGUCAUCUUUUUUGUCCGAAAAUUUUGACCAUUAUCCAUGUACAUAUCUUCGAAGUUGUAUUUUGUAUAACGUCAGAGACUGCCAUAUUUAGCUUAAGGUUUGUUAAGUUGCAUUUGUCCCAAUACUCCUGAAAAUCCUUACCAAUAUGGAUUGUUUAAACAAUAAGCUCUCAAUCAUUUGUCUUCUUCUUCUUCUGCUGCUGCUUCUGGUGUUGCCUUAUCCUUCUGCAACACUCCCUUUAUGCACAGACUUGAGAGCACCAGUUAAACCAAAGAAACCUUUGACAUUUUGUCCGUACGAUGGCAAAGCUUGCUGCGACUCAUCCCAAGAUUCGCAACUUAGGCAGAGAUUUGAUGCUCUGAACAUAAGUGAUUCUGCCUGUGCUUCUGCAGUGAAGUCAAUUUUGUGUGCGACUUGUGAUCAGUUCUCAGCGGACUUAUUUAAGGUUCAAUCGGGUCCUCGUACAAUUCCAGUUCUUUGCAAUUCCACCACUGAUGGAGGGGCACCAUCCAAAAGCCAAGGCCAAGCAGUUGAUAAUUUCUGCUCAAAUGUUUGGGAUGUUUGCCAAAAUGUAUCAAUUCCGGAUUCUCCUUUUGCCCCUUCUUUACAUCGUAAGACUGCAGUGCCAGAAAGCUCCAACCCAUACAAGUUAACCGAUCUCUGGCCAUCGAAAACAGAGUUCUGCAAUGCAUUUGGUGGAGUUUCGGGUGAAGAUUCAGUCUGUUUUGAUGGUAAACAAGUUUCAGUUCUUGACAAUGAAGAGUUGAUGCCACCAAAAGGAAUGUGUCUUGAGAAAAUUGGCAAAGGGUCUUACUUAAACAUGGCACCUCAUCCGGAUGGAUCAAAUCGCGCUUUCUUUUCUGAUCAGCCUGGUAAGGUUUGGCUGGCAACAAUUCCUGAGCAGGAUUCAGGGGCGGCUCUAGGACUUGACGAAUCUAGCCCGUUUGUGGACUUGACUGAUGAAGUUUAUCUGGACUCAAUAUUUGGAAUGAUGGGAUUGGCAUUUCAUCCGGACUUUGCACGCAAUGGAAGGUUCUUCGCUUCGUAUAACUGUGAUAAGAUUAAGUCACCAGGAUGUACAGGAAGGUGUGCUUGCAACUCUGAUGUUGAUUGUGAUCCUUCACAGAUUGUUUCUCCUGAUGGAACUCCUCCUUGCAAGGAUUAUGUCGUGGUUUCGGAGUUCAGUGCCAAUGGAUCAUCAUCAUCAACGGCAGAAAAGGGUAAUCCUUCUGAGGUUAGGAGAAUAUUCACAAUGGGUAUCCCUUUCGGGGGUGAUCAUGGAGGACAGAUUCUUUUCGGUCCAGAAGACGGAUACCUUUACUUAAUGAUGGGUGAUGGUGGUGGUAAAAGUGAUCAAUACAAUUUUGCCCAAAACAAGAAGUCUUUGCUUGGGAAAAUCAUGAGGCUUGAUGUCAAUAACAUGCCAAGUGAAAAGACAAUUGCAGAUCUAAAUCUGUGGGGAAACUAUUCCAUACCUAGUGAUAAUCCCUUCUCUGAAGAUAAACAACUGCAACCAGAAAUUUGGGCAAUGGGACUGAGAAAUCCUUGGCGCUGUAGCUUUGAUUCAGAAAGGCCUUCAUAUUUCGUUUGUGGCGAUAUAGGGCAGGAUCAAUAUGAAGAGGUGGAUCUGAUCACAAAGGGAGGAAACUACGGGUGGCGAAUGUUGGAAGGGCCAAUACUAUUCCAAAAUCAGACAACAACACCAAACAUCACUUUGGUAAAUUCCAAUGAUACAAUCUUACCUGUGGCAGGUUAUAAUCACUCUGAUGUAAACAAGAAGGAAGGAUCAGCCGCAAUCUCAGGUGGCUACUUCUAUCGUUCUACCACUGAUCCAUGCAGUUAUGGAAGUUACUUCUAUGGAGAUCUAUACGCCAAAAACAUUUGGGCAGCUUUAGAGAACCCUAAGAACAGCGGAAACUUCACGACAACUUCCAUUCCCUUCAGUUGUGCAGCUGAUUCACCACUUCCAUGUAGCUCAGUGCCAAAUAGUCCUCUUCCUGCUCUAAGUUACAUAUUCUCCUUCGGAGAAGAUAACAGAAAAGACUUGUUCAUCCUCACGAUGAGCGGAGUUUAUAGAGUAGUUCGACCGAGCAGAUGUAACUACACUUGCUCCAAGGAAAAUGUGGCUGCUUCCACACCUCAUCAGCCUCCUCCUCCUGCUGCAUCUUCUUCUAAUACCGGCAGUUACCAGUUACUUAAUCUGCUCUUGCCCCUUUGUUUCGUCGUGUUUGUUUUAUGUAGGCUUGAUACUGUAGGAUCGGCUUAGAUUUGCUGUUUCUGUAGAGAUUUGAUGUUAUAUAUCAGACAGGUAGUUAGAAAAAGGAUUCGGUAAUCAUGUUCUUCCUAAAACGAAGAACACACAGAUAUAUAUAAAUAUUUUGCCUUAGAGCUGAAACAAACCAAGCAGAAGUCCUGCCAGCUACACUGAUAACGUUUAUGCCUGAAAGCUGAAACGAAUUAAACAAAACUCCUCCCAACUACACAGAUAUGGAGGUGAUGUAGCUGCAAAUGAAAGUUUACAGGUAGAGCCUCGUCGCCAAUUGCGAAUCUAGAAUAAAAUUAUAGCGGGGUCAAACUACAUUGUUGGAGAAAUUUAUCACUUUUUUCAAUUAUCGUGCACCGUGUGUUUUCAUAGUACGAUAUCUUAUAAAGUAAUCUUCCAAUUAUAUUAUAUCAAUUAUAAAUUUCCGCAA